UGCACGUGUGCCUGUUUCAGUGAGCAUAGUGUGUGUUCCCGCUCUCUCCACACUGUUUGUCACGUUUUAAGACAAAGAUGUGAAUAAUAAACUCAUAAACACCGACUUCUCGUAUUACGUUUUCCUCAGGAAGUACUGUCACUGUCUGUCGGUCGGUCUGUGUAACAUAAACGCUGUUUGUAAACUGAGGUAGCUAACAGGCUAGCCGGCGGUGCUGCUUUAUUCCAGAUAAAUAUGGAGUAUUUACCGGACUGUAACGCCAAAUACAAAGAUGUGGAGUACUGGAACACGAGGUACGAGACGGAGGAGAGUUUCGAGUGGUUCGGGGAUUUCUCCAAGUUUCAGCACCUUCUAGUCCAACAUGUGGGAAGAGAUGAAAACAUUCUGAUGCUGGGCUGUGGUAACAGUGCUCUGAGUUUGGACAUGUAUCAGGCGGGCUAUGCAUCCAUCACAAACGUGGACUACUCCAGCGUGUGUGUGGAGAGCAUGGCUGAGCGUCACUCUGACUGCGCUGGUUUGAGCUGGGUGUGUAUGGACAUUCGCCGCCUGGCCUUCCCUGAUGCCUCCUUCGACGUGGUGAUGGAGAAAGGCACGCUGGACGCCAUGCUGGUGGACGAGAAAGACCCUUGGAAUAUUUCAGACAGCAGCGCCCAGCUUCUGCACCAGGUGCUCUCUGAGAUCAGUCGAGUCCUGAAGCCGGGGGGUCGCUUCGUGUCGGUGACCUUCGCCCAACCACAUUUCCGCAAGAGACUGUACGCUCGCACCGAGUACAGGUGGUCCAUCAACCACUAUCACUACGGAGACAGCUUCCACUACUUCCUGUAUGUCCUCACUAAAGGUGAGGAGCUCAGCCCAGAGGACACUGCACUGGAAAGGAGGCUGCGCACAGAAGCUGAGGCUCCGCCCACUGUGCUGACCUUUGAAGAAGUGGAAAAUGAGGACUUCCUUAAUAACAUUGCUCUAUGAAGUCAAGCCCCACAGCUGUCAAAGUAAUUUAAAAUAAAUAUUUUUAACAUGUUUUAACAGUUAAUUUAUUGUGAUCGUUUUGUAUGGAACAUCACGAGGGUUGUGCCUGUACUUGAUCAUGAAAUUCUCAGGUCUCACUGUGAUUUUACAUUUGUACAGAUACAGUGAACUAGGCCAUAUAAGGGUAUCUAGGUCAUUAAGGAUUAAGAUUCGAGUUAUUGUAAGUUUGGGGUCAGGCCAUCAAAUUGUAACCGCACAUGUAGGGGAGCGCGGUGAACAACUUAACGCGGGGCACAAAUUAAUACAGCCUCUGUACUGCAGGGUUAGUUGUCACACGGUGUUACAACUAAGCUGCCUUUAACACAAAGACAAAUAAAGUAAAUUUUGUCUUGUUGUUCCAUACAUUUACACAGAUUUUAGAACAGUGUGCCAUA